AUGGCAAAGACAUCGGGAAUUCUGUAUGUAACCAUGCAACCCUCGGCCGACCUCCCAGCCGCCGACUUCCAUGACUGGUAUAAUAACGAACACGGGCCCAAUCGUCUUCGCCUACCCUUCAUCCACAAUGGCUUCCGCUACCAUGCCCGCGACUUGUCCGGCGAAGGAAAAGGCAAACACGAAUGGAUGGCCAUCUACGAUACCGACGACAUGGAUGCAUUCAACUCGGAAGAGUAUCUUGCUCUCCGCGGUGCUCCCAUCCAAACCCAGCGAGAAAGAGAUAUCAGACCCAAGGUUGAGAUCGAUAGACGAAGCUACGAUUUGGUGAGCAGCAGAGAAGCAAAGAAGUUCAAGAAACUAGAGAAGAUUGAGAAUUAUGGAGAGGGCAAUGUAAUGAUUUCUGUUCUUCUCAAGUUGAAGCCUGGUCAAAAGGGAGAAGAGUUGGACAAAUGGUACAAUGAAGAACAUAUCGAUAUGCUCUCAAAGGUACCUGGUUGGCUGCGCACAAGACGCUAUGUCACUGCUGCCAUUGACAAGAAAGACGAAGUCGAGUACAUGGCUCUGCAUGAAUACGCACCAAACAAUGGACUUGGUGGCAAGGAGUUCCAAGCCGCAGUCGAAACGCCCUGGGCCAAAGAAAUCAUGACCAACGUGGUUGCCGAGAAGAUCAGACGCGAGUACGAACUCUUCUACACCUUCGGCCCUGCCCCUCGCGACCUCCAAAACUUCGCCAUUGCAGGAUUCAAGAAGUGGGAUAGUCCUGCUACACAAACCAGAACUUUCUCUACUGGCAAAGAUGGCGGUGCGGUUGAGUCCUACAUCACCACCAGCGAUGGAGCAGAGCUUCAAUACAGACUGGAAGGCUCGACACAUCCCAAUGCACCCCUGAUUGUGCUAAGCAACUCGAUUCUUACAAGCUAUGGUAUCUGGGAUGAUAUGGUGGACUCGUUCCUGGCCAAGAACAAGCAAUACCGCAUUCUGAGAUACAACACCAGAGGCCGCACAAGCAAGGCUGGCGAGAAGCUUGUCACAAUGAACGUUUUGGCUUCAGAUAUCAUUGCUUUGCUUGAUGCACUCAAGGUUCGCAAGGCAGCAGCAAUUGUUGGUGUCAGCAUGGGCGGAGCAUCUGUGCUCAACACUGCCUUGACAUACCCAGACAGAAUCGGCUCAUUCAUGGCAUGCGACACCAACGACAAGAACCCAGAGGUCAACAGAAAGGCAUGGGGCGAGAGAGUGGCCAUGUGCGAGAAGGAAAACGCGUCUGGCGAAGAGGGCGAGAAAAUUGUCGGAGAAGAACUCGCCGAAGUCACAGUCAGAAGAUGGUUUGUCAAGGAGAGCUACGAUGGAGGUGACAUGGAGAAGGAGUGCGAGAGAGUCAAGAAGAUGGUCAUCAACAACAGUCUGGAAGGAUUCAGAAAGAGCGUUGAGGCACUGUGCGACUACAACUUCCAGCCGCGCAUGAAGGAUGGAAAAGUUAAGGGUGUAUUCGUGGUUGGCAGUGGAGACGGAGUACUGCCAAAGACUAUGAAAGAGAUGGCUGCCAGAUAUGGCAGCAACGGCGCUGAAUGCGUCGAGAUCGAGGGAGCAGGUCACCUGCCCAUGGUGGAAAAGCCAGACCAAGUAGCAGAGGUGCUGGGCAAACUGGUGGCUUCGUCGUCGUAG